AUGGCUCCAAUCAAAAAGCGCACAACAGCGCGAGCACGCGCUUCUCGCGCCGCCGAUCCCCGAGGCAAAUACGCUCCACCCUCUCCCACCCACGAUUCCGCGCCCGCAGACCAAGUCCUCCCAGAGGCCUCCCACUCCAACACCCAAGAAGACGACUUCGGCUUCGGCGCAGGGUUCAAACUCAGCAAGCAAGACAAACGUACCAUCAAACAUAACACUCUCAUGCACAAGGUGCGAGAAGCGGGUAUCAGCAAGAAGAAGCCUCUGAAGCGGAGACGGCCGGGGAAGAAAUUGGGGGUGGAUAUUGGUGGGUUGGGGGAUGCUUUGCCUGAUGUGGAGGAUGAAGAGGAGGAGGAGGAGUGGGGAGGUGCUUCUGAGGAUGGUAGGGAUGUGAUGGGAGGUGUGCGGAAGACGAUGCGUAAGAAGAAGAAGGUUGUGGAGAGUGAGGGGAAGAUGAAAAUGAAGAGUAUGCGCAAUCGGCCGGGUGCGAUGAAGAGGAAGAGAGCGAUGGAGGGACGAGAGAUGGAGCGGUUUGGGAAGAACUUGGCGCAACUUGUUGGCGCACAGAAGGUCGCGGAGACGGGAGAUGAGGGCGUGGAGAAUACGACGGCGGGUAGGUGGAGUGCGUUGAGAGCUUUCAUUGGGAGUACCAUGGAAAAGGAUAAGGCUUUCACCUGA